AUGUGGCGGCCAUUUCUUGACGUGAACGACGCCUUCGCGGCGCCGAUCGCCACACCAACUUCUCCUCAUAACGGCCUCGCGCCGUCAAAGCCACCAGCGGCCUCACGCUGCCACAAGCCUCCUGCUUGCGCCACCGGCCUCCAUCUCACAUGGAGUCCACCACGCCGCCGACGUCGCCACCGGAUCGACGAGGCUCUGAUGCCAAUUGCCCUCCUCACCAAGUUCCCUAGCCUUCGUCCGUUGCUUCAGCAGACGCCCAAUGCCGUGGAGGAGCUCAAACUUGCGAGCUGCCAUUCUAAUUGGAUAAUUCCUCCAUCACCGGUUGAGUACCCAAUUAUGGGGCUUAACCUUCUGAGGAUGUUGGUCCAGAAUAGAAUUGCGGAGUUCCACACUGAGCUGGAGCCUCUGCCCACCAAAGCGCUGGAGAAUCCUUGCAUCAAGCACGCAGUUGAGCUCGAGCAGUCCCUUAUGGAGGGCGCCUACAACCACGUGCUGAGUGCUCGACAAGCUGUGCCGCAUGAAAGUUACGUAUACUUCAUGGACCUUCUAGCCAAAAGAGUAGUUAGAGACAAAAUAGCUGGGUGCAGCGAGAAGGGAUAUGAUUACUUGUCGAUAAGUAACGCGAAACAAAUGCUUAUGUUCAGCUCUGACGAAGAACCACAACAGUACAUCUCAGAGGAACACCCCGAGAGGGAUGUUAGGAAUGGCCGGGUCUUCUUCCAGAAGGCGAUGGAGUCUCAGCCCUGUAAGGAGACACCGGCGAUGCCCGCCAUGAACAAGACCCUUGGCUAUGCGAAGGAAUUCAAAAGGACAGUGUGAUUUGCUUUUUUAUUUCAUCUAGACUGUAAAUUGCCAUGAAGAGGUGGAUUAUUGGA